AUGAAAGCCAUUGCUGUCUCCAAGGUUAAUUCUGCAAUCACAAUGCUUCGAAGCGGUGUUUCGACUCGGGAAAUUGCUGAAAAACUGUCUUUGGGUAAGUCUACUAUUGGGCGAGUCAGAAUGGAGCAUUGUCCGGGUGUGAAAACCUCGAAAGGUGGUGGUCCUACAGUGUUGUCUGAAGCCGACAAGCGCUACUGUGUUCAAAAGGUAACCAAGGAGCGGGUUUCAAGCGUCGUCAAGGUCACAAAAAUCUUGGAGAAAGAUUUCCAGAUGAAGGUUCAUCCGGAAACCGUUCGUAGAGCACUCCGCACUGCGGGCUUAGGGGCUUUCGAGAAGGAAAAGAAGCCUUUGCUUAGUGACGCUAAUGUCAAGAAGAGACUUGCGUGGUGUAAACAGCACAAGGACUGGACUGUUGACGACUGGAAACGUGUUAUUUGGACAGACGAGACCAAAAUUAACCGUUUCUACUCAGAUGGGCGACAGUGGGCCUGGAUCCGAUCUGAUGAACAGCUUCAAAACCACCAUGUCAAGCUCACGGUAAAACACGGUGGUGGUAGUAUCACACUUUGGAGUGCCAUUACGUAUGCUGGUGUUGGCUGGAAGUGCAUGAUAAAUGGUAAUAUGGAUAAAGCACUCUACAAGAAAAUCCUUCAAGACGAAUUGGAACAGACUAUUGCCUUUUCCGUUGAGAAAUUGGGCUUCAGCCGUGAACAAGUGAUAUUUCAGCAAGACAAUGAUCCCAAACACACCUCAAAUUCAGUCAAGGAUUACCUUCAGGAACAGUCAUACCAGGUCAUGGAGUGGCCCCCACAAUCUCCAGACUUGAAUCCUAUCGAAAACAUGUGGGUUUUGUUGAAAAGGCGUCUCAAUGAGUAG